UACAACAUUAAUUAUAUAUACGUGGAUACGAACGACUGCAUCCAAUAAAUCUGAAGCGACCAUCAUGUUAACAGUUUCGCAACGAUUCUCUGCUUCACGAGUUGAGUUUUAGUAAGAUUUACGAUCGGAUACCGUGCGCGAGUCCCUUAAUGGGUUUGUAAACUGAAACAAGAAAAAUAAAUCUUUAAAAAUAGUUCCGUAACCUGAACAACAACGGAUAAUAUCUUAACCAUAAGUGCGUUACCGGCUUAUACACAAAACGGCACCGUGCGAUAUCAGGAUAUAAUUAUUCGUUUAAGAGCAAACAAUUUUUACUGCAACUGUAUACACGAUUCGUUACCGACAAUCAAAUAUAGCAAUGGACUUCGUAGCGAGUGUGAACACCGGAAAUGACACCGACGUCGACCACUUGAAAGACGUUAAAAUUGCUACAAAGACGAGCACGAAUGUCGGAUGGAAGCAGGACGCAAAUUUGGGACCAGUGUCCACGUGGACUAAUGGGAUUCCCGCUGAGGACGCGGACAUCGCGAGCCAGUACCACGAGUUGCAAUACCAUCUGUUCGAGCUUGGGUAUCCCGAGACCGUGGAUCGCACCCGCGCCCCUCGGGCCGCCAAGGACGCGCCCGGAGAGAAGGCGGUGGUGGCCGUGCUACACCGGGCCGGGAAUACCACGUCGAUAUGCCUGGAAGGCGGGCGUCAGGCGCCGGGCACAUUUUACAUGAUCCUGUCGUCGUCGUGGCUCUCCAAGGUCCCCUCUAGUAUCCACCGGGGCUUCUACACCCUAAACGUGCACAAGGCCGUCACGUUUUACGCAGGCGGCGCAACUUACCUUGACGAAUUCGAGCCGCCGAGGCAAGUGACGUAUCUCGUGAAUUAUUUCACUAAUGCGGCCACUGGCGGACAGAGAAAUGACGGAGAGACUAUUGAGGCACAUUUGGAUUGUCCAAUAAGCAGUUCGUAUGACCUACGUGACGUCAUUAAUGACCGACUCUGGUCAAGAAGUGUCCUGUAUUCCGUUGGCAUAGCAACGCCCGAAACGCUCGCGUUCUGUUACAGACCGAAACACAGUCUGGUUGCUGUGCCUGCCAAUGCCGUCAUCCACGAGUACGAAAGGAACACAAGUCCGGAUUUUGUGGCGAAAGAAGUCUCAAAAUUCCUGCAAGAGUUGUCAAUUAAAAACCGCAAAAAGAUUCUCAUAAGACCGUCCAAACGAACACAGCUGGGAAGCUCGGACGCAUUGGUUUUCAGCAUUGAAAACCGGUCCUGUAUUGUGGACACGGUGCAUAAAAUGCUGAACGAGCUUCAAGACUCAAACUCCAUUCUUGUGGAGGCUUACAUCGACCAUCUGAUCGCUGGAAGGACCGAGGACGCGAAGUACCUGUGGGUCGCGCCCAGCGCGGAUUUUGGCGUAAGAUGUCGAGCGAUCGUCUGCAGAGAUUUUGACAACACACCCGUCUGCACACCGCCAAUCUGCAGCAUGCUCAACACAUACAUCGAUAUCAGAGGCGCUCACACGGUACCAAUGUCGCUCGAAACCGCGCUUAAAACGUUGAACAUUGUCGACGAAACGUUUAUCUGGGAUUUCCAGACUAAUCUGCGCGCGCACGCAGAGGCGGCGCUUCAGUCAAUCAUGGACCGCGUGAGUAAGCGGUCAGACGAGGAGAGGGUGGAGCAUGGCGCGCAAACGGACCUCAUUGGCAUCGACUACGUUCUUACAGAGUGUAACGGCAAAGUGACGGCAGUAGCGUUGAAUAUGGACACGCACAAGUACAUAAGUGACGCUGCAGUGCGCGAUAAUUUCGCAUCAUUCGGGGACGGAAUGGUUGUAGAACAAAACAGAACUGUGCAACAAUUGAGCAAAUUUCUAGAGACAGACGUAAACGAUAAGAGCGAUAAAGAUAUGGCGGUCUUGAAAGUUUCUCAUCAAAACAAAUUCACAGAUGGUGGUUUGGACGGUAUGUCCGUUCGCCCGUUCGUGCGAACGGCUCUGACCAGAUCUCAGUAUUUCCUUAUGUCGGGGAAGACAAUACUGGCGUUAGAUGCUGGAGGAUUUCAGAGGAGGAGAGUAUGGAGGUUCGCAAAGGAAUGUGGUAUAAUGCUGGUUAUGGUGGAUUCGAUCCCAAACAACAGCAACAAGGACCUGGCGCACGCCUUAAUCCACUACGAUGACAAAGGCGACCACGCAAACGACAGGCACCACGCGACCGAGAUCAUCAGCCUCCUGAAGCAGGGUGACCUCCAAGUGGAUGGCUGCCUUACUUUCUGUGAGAAUGCGGUGCCCUUGGCCGCCAUGGUGCGGGAGAUCCUUGGGACGAGAGGCGCCGGCGUGGAGGGAGCCCUUAACGCUAAAAAGAAAAGUCGAACGCAGUCGACAGUGUAUAAGAAGGAUACACCAGUCCCCCACUGGGUGAAGACCUGCCAGUUUUCCUCGCCCAGCUUCCUCAUCCGGGAACCCGCCGACAUCGAAGUCAUCUGCAACCAGGUGAGCUACCCACUCAUGCUCAAGCUAGAGCAUGGAAACAGCGCCAUUGGCGCGACGCUCGUGGCGAGCGCCGAAGAACUAAGGAAGCAACAUCGCGCCACCAUCGUCCGCUUCCGCGAGGAGGCCGAUCACCCUGGGUUAGGACUGGGGUUCGGGGCGGAAACGCUCGUCAUGGAGUACUACGUGGGCACAGAGCAUGACGUAGACGUGGUCAUCUUCGGGAAUAAACUCGUGGGAGCGUUCAUCUCCGACAAUGGACCGACUAACUUCCCCUCUUUCAGGGAAACUGCUGCCACUAUGCCGUCCGUGCUGCCGCCGGACCGCCAGGCACAGCUGAUUGUGGCCGCCUUCAAGUGCUGCGUAGACAUCGGCCUCUCCGACGGCGUCUUCAACGUUGAAAUGAAGAUGACGGCCCGUGGGCCAAAACUCAUCGAGAUCAACGGCCGGAUGGGUGGUUUCUACCUUCGCGAGUGGAUCAGGCACCUGCACGGCGUCGACCUCGCGAUGUGCGCGUUCAUGAUCUCGUGCGACAUUAAACCGUUCGUGCCAAAGUUCCAGCCGUAUGAGCGCCUCAUGGGAGUAAUGUUACUUCCGUCUCUCCACAGCCAUCUUGUAAACGACAGCCACUUCCGGGAACGUAUAGAAAGCCUUCAAGAUAACGGCGAGGUGUUGUUCCACAUGUUUCAGGAAGACCAAUUGAAUGUGGAGGAAGAUGAGUAUAUGUACGGAAACUUAGGUGUCUAUGGCGCCGACCCCGACGUCUGCCGCGAAAAGUUGUUAGCUCUUUGCAACGAGUUGGGGAUCGAGUGCGACACCUACAAGGUCUCUAACUUCGUCCGCUAUUUCCGGUACUAACCAAUAUUUAGUUAGAUCGCACGCGCACGAAAUGUAUGUGGAGAUUUAAUAGGUGUAUUAUAAGGCUAAUGUCUUUGAGUUGUAGACUUUUCAUCGAUGACAGCUGGAAUGUUAAGUAAAAUGGUAGUCGAUGCAUGCAACGUUGAAAUUUAUCAUGAAGCACAACAAGGUACAUAACUUUUUUGUAUGUACACUGGCGAGUAUAUGCUAUUAGAUGUAUCAUGUACGAUAUCAUCUCAUAUUCGCACGAGGUUAUGAAUCAACUAUCAACUUAAAGAAGACUAAAUAUACCUGUGCAUGAUAUAAAUACAUAUUUUGUUAUAUACAAGCAUUGUUACAGUAUCUGAAUCUCAGUAGUGCCUUAAAUAAUAAAAAGUGGUGAAUUACAUAAUCGUGUAUUCUGGUAUGAGCCUCUUUCGGGGAAAACGUUGCUUAAUGCAUGUGCUUACAAUGCCAUCCAAAAUUAACCAGUGUAGUUUGCUAAUCGGGUACCACACUUUUUUCGUUACAAACAGACUUCCUUUUAACGGAAAAUUCCAUACAAGCGGAAAGUGUCGUCCCUGAUAAACUGUGCGGACUGCACAUGUUAGUGUGUAAUGACACUUUACGCGCAUGCACUAAGCCCAGCUUUCCCAGGCUCAUAUUCUCACUUACUUAUGACACUUGUAAUAUGUAAAUAUUUUUAUUUCAUGUACUGUCUAAGUUUUACUAGGUCAAGAACAUUGUGCAGUUUUAAGUAAUCCAUAUAAAACAUUCAUUUAGGUAAUGAUGCCAUAUAUCUUAAUAUAAUACAUUACGUAAUGCAUGGUAUAAUAUAUGUAUUUUAUGUACUGCAAGUAAAUGUUAGUGUCCCUCAUAACUCUAAUACAAUCUAUAUACAUACUAGUUGAGCUGCUUUGUUGAAAGACAUGUAUAUGCGCGUUACCACUAUCUGGCCUGGCGCUAUAAUAACAAUCGUGGACUGAACUUGGAGAUCUUAUCACACGUUAUCGGAUUCUAUCGGAUCUUAAAGUGCAUCUUGUUAAUCAUGUUGAUCCUAAAAAUUGAUUGAACGUU